AUGAAGAAACUAACAGUAAAUGUUUCAAAAUAUAAAGAACAGUGUUACAAACGCAAUUUUUAAAAAGCAGCCUCGUCUUAUUUAAGUCUGUGAGCCUGAAGAAUGUUUUGUAGAAAGCGUCCUCUCUUCACCCCUUUGAAGAGGUGAUUUCUCGAUUAGCUGCUGUGAGAGGUGUGCGCUGAUGGACUGCUGGGAGGCCGGAGGGAGAGAAAGAAGAAAUGGAUGGUGCUGGUGGAAGAGUAGGGAAGAAAACGAUCCUCACCUCGGUUACAGCUCUGACUCACGAGGAUGUAAUCAAACUCUCUUGAUCUUAGCUUCCAACCAAUCGCUUUUCAACAAGUCUCCGAGCGAAGGACGAACCCGCUGACCUCGGGGCGAGACCUGCUGCGACUAAGAGUGGAAGACAGAUCCUCUUCUCAGCCUUUGACAUCUAUUGACCACCUGCCCGUCUUCCAAUCAACGGACGUACCACUCAAGCGAUGACAACGGCCCCCGUUACGUAAGAGGCAGCGAUUCCCAGGUUUUUGUUAUAGCACCAGGGACAGAGACACCAGAAAUGAAGAAGAUAAGGACUUGUGUCCAGAUUCAGUCAGACAGUACUUUAACAAUAAAAGAAGAAAAAAAAUCCCAUGUAAUCGUAGAUGAAGAGGAAGCUAUGUCUGCCAUAAACAAUCAAGUGCAGGUCUCAUGUGUGCGCAGCAUCAAGACUGAACCGAGGUCUGUAGCUGAUCUACAAGAAGACUUAAAGGAUAAUGUAAUGCUUAAGACAAGCUCAUUUUGUUCUGAUUCAGAUAUGACAUAUUGCUCACCAAUUAGCUGUAUGCAGCUUGAAAACAUUUCUGCUCCAGCUUACAUCAAACCUGAGCAUACUUGGCAUAUUCCUGAAUCAAACUGGAAACAUGAGGAUGCUGUAAAACUGGAGCUUAAUCCUCAAGAUGCCUAUUGUAUUAAAACAGAUUGCAGCCAUAAGAAUGCAGUGAAAGUGGAGUACCACUGCCAAGAUGUCACCUGUUCAAUUAAGUCUGAGCAGCAUCUUGUGAAGUGUGCAAAGAUAGAAGAGCAGCUUCUAUUUAAGCAAGAAGAACAAGAUGAUUGUCCCAUGGUGAAGACUGAGACAGGGUCGCCUGGUCAGUAUGCAAUGUGGCAGAAUAACAUUGAUGAGAAUAGUCUAGAAAUGAGUGUUGCUAGAUGCAUAACUCCUGAGGUGAAAGAAAAUCAACAUCAGACUCAUCAGACUGUUGCAGAAGUAACCAUCGAUACAGCAACAGAAAUCCACAAGAAACAAAGGAUGAUGCACUCAGAUUUGAAAGCUUACAGUUGUACUCCAUGUAGCGUUGUGUUAGAGAGAAUAGAUACUUCAAAACAGCACAAAGAAACUAACAUUAAUAAGAGAUCUCACCACAGUGUUGAAAGACCUCACCAGUGUAUUGACAAGAAACCUCACCAGUGUACUGUCUGUCAUAAAGAUUUCAGAAGAUUAGAUGCCCUAAAACUGCACAUGGCCACCCACAAUAAUGUUAGACCUUACCAGUGCAGCAUAUGUAAAAGUACUUUUAAGCUUUCAAGUCAUUUAAAACAACAUAUUGUGCCUCACAGGGAUAUGAGACCUCCGCAGUGUUAUAUCUGUCCUCUAGUCUUCAAAAAACCUCAAUAUCUCAAACAACACAUGGUGAAUCACAGUGAUGUGAAACUUUACCAGUGCAGCAUAUGUAGGAAAACGUUUAGGUGGUCAUCUGACUUGAUAAGGCACAUGCUUACCCACAAGGAUGUGACUUUUAAGCAAAAAACAAAAUACAUUAUCCAUCCUCCUCUUGGGAAUUUGUAGUCUUUGCUGAAGCUCUGACCUUUAAUCUUAAAUCUGGGCAUGAUUUUGAGUUGUCUCUUGUUUGUGUCUUCUUAUGGUCUGUGCAUGUGCAUAAUCCAAUGUGUGUAAAAUUGUCUUCAACAGAUUAUCUCAUUUGAAGAGCACAAGCAGCUUCACAGUGAUGAGAAGCCUUAGUGCAUUGUGUGUAAAAUUCCUUUUAAGUCCAUAUCUGGUUUGUAAAGACACAUGCUGAUCCACAUUAAUGUAGAAUCUCACCAGUCCUGUGUGUGUAAAGCUGCCUUAAAAUCAUCUCUCUGUUUGAAAAAGCACAUGGAGGUUCACAGUGAUGCAAAACCACCACUGAAGUGAAUGCAAAGUUUCUUUUAGACUUUUAAAAACACACAAGGUGAUUCACAAUCUUUCUAAACCUUACCAUCGCAGCAUUUCUAAAGUUGCUUUAAAGUCCUUGCCUGGGUAGAAAAUGAUAAUCUGGGUACUGGGUUGAUUAAAAACCACAUAUGGAGACUCACAAUAGUGUUUGCUGUCAUAUGCAUAGUAUUUAAAAUUGUUAUCAAGUUCCAAUCCUUGCAAGAUGAAGAAAGCUGAUUUUAGAUGAUUUAUUUUGAAAACACAUGGGCUAAUCCAUGGAGGUGUUAAGCCUUGCUAGUGCAAUGCUUGUGAGGCUUUGAUUCAGUAAUUCUAAUGCACUUGUUCAUUCACUGCUGUGUUAAAACUCACUGGUGCAGUGGGUGCACUUCUUUAAGUCAUUUUUUGGUUUAUAAUACGAUGUGGUGAUUCACAGUGAUGCUAAGCCUCUGCAGUGCAGUUCAAGAGAGCAGACCAUUUAAAGAUGCACAUGUUAAGCCACAGAGAUGUUAAAACUUUACCCUUGCAUCAUGUGUAAAACUGCUUUUAGGAACUUGUCCUCCUUCAAAAGGUACAUGCUGAUAAACAGUGAGAGGAUUGGAAAGCCUCUCUAUUGCAGUGUGUGUGUAACUGGUUUGGGGCUGUCACUUGCUGAUCCACAGCUGUUGUUCAACUCUACCAGGCCAGUAUAUUUUCUGCUACGUGUGCUUAGAUACAGGUAUCUCCUGGCUUUAAAGUCAGCAAUAGCUAAAAUUUGCAGCUUUUUGGAGUAUGUACAUAUUGACAAAUUCUUGUAAAUUGACAUUUUUGUUCUUUGAUUAAUACUCUUAUCUUGCGAUAUGGAAGCUGGAGUUGUGUCUGUGUGCGUUUGGUGGUGGGAAGGUGGAGAAUAAAAAUUGAUGGAAAGGAAGUUUUGAGAGCUGAAGGAGGCAAAUAAUAAUUUAUGUGGUCGACUUUACAAUAACCACCUCCUGCUUUUCCAUUUGUUGACUGUUUCCUUGCAAUUGUUUUUCUUUUUGAAGGUUUUAAUUUAAUUUAAUUCCUUUUCAAUACAGAUUUUUAAAAAAUUUUGUUUUGCUUCAAAAUAAAAAUAUUC